GGGUGAGUGAGAGAGGUAGAGAGAGGGAAAGAGAGGGAGAGAGGUUGGUCUCUCACUUAACUAACAAAACAGCAGCAGAUCUGCGGGCAUAAACAAAGCACGCAGGCUGUCUGUCCCUCCACCUGCCGCGGGAGAUACUUGGAUGGUCGCAGUAGGUUAAAUUAACCGGAUUACCGAGACGGACGCGAACCCCGCUCUGCUUCAUUUUCACGGACCUCCGACGAUAUCUAUGCAUUAUUUAGACUGAAAUAAGCAAAAAAUGACGGAGCUGAGACGGCGAGGAGGAGGAGGAGACCCCGACAGCACUGAAAACAUCAGUGACAAGGAGGCAGAUGGAGACGACAGGCUUGCCUUUCCCGGUGAGGGGGAAGGAGAAACGGAGGGUGACUCCAAAGCGGACACACCAGACGUGCCACCUUCCGCAGAUAACACUCCACAGUGUCUCAACAAAGCCCUGGAGGGCUUGUCAUCUAGGUGGAAGAACUGGUGGAUAAGAGGCAUAUUGUCAUUGACAAUGAUCAUUGGCUUCUUUCUCAUCAUCUAUUUGGGACCCAUUAUGCUCAUAUUAGUGGUUAUGGGUGUUCAAAUCAAGUGUUUUCAUGAAAUUAUAACCAUUGGCUACAGAGUUUACCAUUCCUAUGAUCUUCCAUGGUUUAGGACUCUAAGCUGGUAUUUCUUGAUUUGUGUGAACUACUUCUUUUAUGGAGAGACAGUGGCUGAUUAUUUUGGCGCACUAGUCCAAAGAGAGGAGCCUUUGCAGUUCCUUGUACGUUAUCACCGGUUUAUUUCUUUUGCACUGUAUUUGGCAGGUUUCUGCAUGUUUGUACUGAGUUUAGUGAAGAAACAUUACCGCCUGCAGUUUUAUAUGUUUGCUUGGACCCAUGUGACCUUGUUGAUUGUGGUGACUCAGUCACAUCUGGUUAUUCAGAACCUGUUUGAGGGAAUGAUCUGGUUUAUUGUUCCCAUCUCUAUUGUGAUCUGUAAUGACAUCAUGGCCUACCUGUUUGGCUUCUUUUUUGGAAGAACUCCACUGAUUAAGCUCUCCCCAAAGAAGACCUGGGAAGGAUUCAUUGGGGGAUUCUUUGCAACAGUGGUGUUCAGUUUCUUUUUUGCGUACCUGCUAUCCCAGUACCAGUACUUUGUUUGUCCAGUGGAAUACAACAGUGAGACAAACCGCUUUGCAGUGGAGUGUGAGCCCUCAAAUCUCUUCAUGAUACAGGAAUACACACUUCCUGCAGUGGUGCAGAAUGCAGUUAGAUGGAAAACGGUGAACCUUUACCCAUUUCAGAUCCACAGUAUUGCACUCUCUUCGUUCGCCUCUCUGAUCGGACCAUUUGGUGGAUUCUUUGCCAGUGGCUUCAAACGAGCUUUUAAGAUCAAAGACUUUGCAGACACCAUUCCUGGUCAUGGUGGAAUAAUGGAUCGUUUUGACUGUCAGUAUCUGAUGGCGACGUUCGUUCAUGUUUACAUAGCAAGUUUUAUCAGAGGGCCGAACCCCAGUAAGGUUUUACAGCAGUUGCUCGUCCUGCAACCAGAACAGCAACUCAGCAUCUUCAAUACACUGCGCAACCACUUGCGAGAAAAGGGCAUGCUGCCCCCUGCUGUGGAGGAAGCCCAAUGACAGACAUCUCCAUCUCAGCAGACAAAACCAGCUCAUGUCCUGUUGAACUCUGUAAGCAUUCACCCAUGACUGUGAUGGCACGAGCACACUCCCAACCAACCACAGGAGCUCCCGUUCAGUGAGAGAGAGAGAGUGACGCCCAGUGAUGCAAACCAAACUCUCACUUUUAACCCAUUAAAAAAACUACCAAAUGAAGGACGGAAAAUAACCACAAGGGGGCGACAUGGUUCACUGUUUGGGAAAUCAACACCAGAGGUCUUCCAAUCAACAAACAUGCAAAACAAAACAUCCAAGCACAUGGUAAGUGAAUGUGUGGCACUACAGGAAGGAGCUCUUCGGUGGAGUGACAUUAUUGAACGUGUGGUUUGCUUUGCAAAUGCAAUAACUCAUGGUGGUGACUUUAGGUUUUUGAGACGCCAGAAUUCUCAUGGUUAAAAUUUAAAUGUGAGCUUAAUUUAUAAACUUAAAAAAAGAAGCAUGUCCGCAAGUCCUACUGUAACUGCUUAAAACAGCCAUGUUCACUUUCCCUUUCACAUUACUCAGUGUGCGUGAGCGCUAGAAUAACUCACUUGUGUGUGUACAUAUCAUCAUAUGUAUUACUGUACAUAGAUACAAUAUACUAGAUCAUAUAGAGAGAGAUUAUACGUUUAUUAAAAUAAUAAUAUAUAAGGCUUAACAAAUUCUAUAUAAUAGGAAGUUGAUAUGCAAAAAGACCUACACUUGUCUUAUUUUCUUAAAUCCAGCAUGACUAAACCUCUCUAGGGGUGGAGAAUUACUUGAGCAGGUUGUUUUUGGAGGGAGAAACAGCGUUUUUCAGAAGGUGAUUUGCUGUUCCCUUCCAUGACCAUCGGUUUUAGUUGCACUGUAACUACACGAGUCGAAAGAUUCAAUUAGCUUUUCAGGUUUUAAUAUCAAAAAACACUGGUGCUUUAAGUAGAUGUCCAAUAUUUGAAAACAUAUAAACAUGUUCUUAGAUUUAUGUGCUUUUUAUUGUUUUCUUUUUACAGUAUCCUCCCUGCAAUGUUGUUUUUAGCUGCUCUUGUUUUUAAAAAACAUGAAUCUUUGUUUGAAGUCUUUCUGGAUUCUUUACCAAACGUGUACCAAAGCACUGUCAAUUUUGCUGUGAAAGAACAAACGAUGAUUAACAAAGAGAACAAUAAAAUCCUAUAACAGAUGGAAUAAAUUAGAUAUUGUAAUCAAAAGCACUUACAUGAACAAAAGUUGCAUUACUACAGGUAAUCAUCACGUUUUAAAGGAAUAGUUUACCUAGAAAUGAAAAUUCUGUUAUUAAUUUCUCACCCUUACGUCGUUCCAAACCUAUAAGACGCUCGUUCAUCUUUUUUUUUUUUAUGAAAUUCGAGCGCUCCUACCAUGUUCAAGUUCCAGAAAAGUACCAAGAACUUUGACACAAUAGCAUGUGACGUCAGUGGUUCAACCGUAAUUUUAUGAAGUUAUGAGAAUACUUUUUGUGCACAAAAACUUGUUAUUUUAGUUUUUUGCGCAACAAAAAGUAUUCUCAUAGCUUCAUAAAAUUACAAUUGAACAUGGACAAUUUUGUUAAUGUUCUUGGUACCUUUCUGGACCUUGAACGUGGUAGGAUCUUUGCUGUGUAUCCAGGGUCAGAAAGCUCUUGGAUUACAUCAAAAAUAUCUUAAUUUUUGUUCCGAAAAUGAACAAAUGUCUUAUGGGUUUGGAACGACAUUAGGCUAAGUAAUUAAUGACAGAAUUUUCAUUUUUGGGUGAAUUAUCCCUUUAAGCUUUUAGCUAAAAAGUGGAUUUGUAAUAACCUGUGACCUUUGCCCUGAUUACACAUUGGGACUCAGUAAUGUAGUUUGGGACCAGUUGUCAAUAGGUGUAUUAGAAGACCUAAAAAAAAAAAAACAGAAGUGUGACCCCUCAUUCCUGUCUGCGAUAGGUUUACAUGUUCCUUUCCUUCACAUCUGCUGUGCAGUAGAUGCAGUCAUGUGAGAAUGUUGUGUUGUAGUACUAUGAAUCCUGUCAGACCAAAAAGAGAAUGCAUCUCCAGUUGUCUAUAGUUUAUUUUGUGGAUGUCACAACUGUAUUAGCAAUUUAGUUUUUUUUUUUUUAAA